AAAUUCUUGAAGAGCUAAGUAUUAUUUGUUUAUACUUUUCAUUUUUGUGUAAUUUACCCUAUCUAUUUCAAUCUCAUUCUAUCCUCCCCAAUUCAUAAGCCAGCAACUGACUUCUCCAUCUUCCAAAUUUCGAACUGGUAAUUAUAGUUGGAGGCGCGUGGAGGAUCAAAUGGGUGCAUCAAGUCACCUUUUUAAAAAUUAUUAUGUGUAGUUAUACCUAAUAUAUUAUCUAAUAUUAUUUUUAAAAAAUAUUUAAAUUACAUUUAAAUGUUUAGUUAGAUUAGGAUGUGACACUCUUUCUGUUUGGAUAAACAUAAGAAAACUGCAUUAUCUUUGGUUAGUUGGUGUCUCUCCAACGGUCAUGGCUUCUUCAAGAACCCUCCAAAAAUUUAUUCCCAAAAUCCCCCAAUUAUUUUCAGAACCCACAAUUUACGUAUACCAAAAUGCUGCUGUUCCGCCAUUGCCAGUUUCAAGAAGGUGUGCAAUUCUCAUCUCUGUUCUACCAUUCUGCAUCGUUGCUCUUCCUCAGACAUUACUAGCUAGAGAGAGACGCAGUAGGAAGACCAUCCCUAUUGAAGACUAUAUCGUUACUCCUGAUGGGCUUAAGUACUAUGAUAUUGUCGAAGGGAAGGGUCCAGUUGCCGAAAAAGGAUCGACUGUGCAGGUGCAUUUUGAUUGUUUAUAUCGCGGCAUUACAGCUGUGUCGAGCCGGGAAUCCAAGCUCUUGGCCGGGAAUAGAAGCAUUGCCCAGCCUUACGUGUUCCAAGUUGGAGCUGUGCCGGGGAAAGAGCGAAAGCGUGAGUUUGUGGACAGCCCGAAUGGUUUGUUCUCUGCACAGGCUGCACCAAAACCUCCAAAAGCUAUGUAUGUGGUGACAGAGGGCAUGAGAGUUGGAGGGAAGAGAACUGUGAUUGUACCCCCGGAUGCUGGUUAUGGGCCGAAAGGAAUGAAUGAAAUCCCGCCGGGGGCUGAAUUUGAGCUAAAUAUCGAGCUUUUGGAAGUAGUACCACCCGAAGGCAAGUGACAAGACACGGCUGGAUCGAAUGUUUCGUGUAUAAUCUCAUGUUCCCAUAACUUCACGAGUAACUUGAUUCAUUUAUGCUAUUAGCUGAACAAAAUGUGUUUGAGGUGAGCUUGUGCAUUCAUUUAGCUUGACGAUUGAGAAACUAGAAUAGUCGGCUUAUGAAUGUGUUUUUAGGUGAAUCAUUUAUCCCUUGUAGGAAUAGAGAAAUAUACGACUGAAUUAAUGAAACCAAAAUGAUUCAUGUUGAUUUUGAGAUCGUUCGUUAAAAGCU